ACUCUCAUUCACUUUCUUUGCAUUUCACUAUUUUCUCUCUCUUAGGGUUUUCAAAUUCUCUCUUCAUUUUCAGCUUCCAUGGCUCAACAAGAUGCUCAAAACGGUGCUUCCGAAACCGCUUCCCCUACGGUUUCCUUCGCUGCUCUCAAGCCUCAGCUCUUCGUUGAAGCUCCAAAGGCUAACGACGCUGUAACGUUCUACAAGAACGUGUUUGGUGCUGAAGAGGUUUCGCGCACUCUGAACCCUAAGCGCAAGGCUGAUCAAGAGAUUCCUCAUGUUCUCUCCGCUGAACUCAAGAUCGCUGGCUCUACGUUCCUUGUUGCUGAUAGCGUUGAUGAUUCCGCUACACCUGCCAAGAGUGGCGGAAACGGUGUCGUUUUUGCUUUGGAAACCGAUGACGUUGAAGGUGCGAUAGCGAAGGCUGUGAAAGGUGGAGCGACUGUGGACAUUGAAGGCGCGGCUGGUGAGGGGCGCGUGGGGAAGGUGGCUGAUCCAUACGGUUACGUUUGGCAGAUUAGCUCUCCUUUGAAGAAGGAUGCUGAGGUGGAGGCUUGAUGACUGUUCGAUGUGAAGAUGAUCUGACCGUAGUUAACUGUUUAGUUUUAUUGUUAGAAUUAAAGUUGUAUUGACUAUUUGUCUUUAAAAGACUAGAGACUUCUGAGAUUAGUUUUUGGGUUGUUGAUUAUUCUGAGAUUAGUUUUUGGGUUGUUGAUUAUUAUUAUGCUUAUCCUUAGGAUUUCUCUCUAGCCUAGUAUUUUGGGUAUUGUGGAACUGAUUUGAAAAUAUGGUGAAUGAAUGACUUUUAUUGGUACA